AUGAAUUGUGCAUCAGAGAAGCCGUAUUGCGUCCCAAAAGGACCCUAUGUCCCUGCUCCUUCCCUUUAUAAGUGGCAGCAGGGACCUCAAGCCUUUACUCCCUCGUGCCGCUCCUGCCAGUGCUCAGCCUUCAGGAACUCUCGCACUCUCUCGUUCGCUCCUUCGAAGGACAUGCUUUGCUUGGCGAUGCUAUCGUUGUGCGCCGUCGGGUGGGCGGCCGCCGCGCCCCACGAAGAGGAUCUGCGAACCAGCGUCGUCUUCAACCAGCUGGCGAUCGCCCAGCUGCUCGACAACGUCAGCAACAUCUCUCGUGGUGACGCCGCAGUGACGACGCAGCUGGCGCAGUUAUCCCGCAGCCACACAGCGCAGACGCAGCAGCUGAGUGAAGGCCUCGCUCGAGUGACAUCCAGUGUCGAAAUCCUCUCUCAGGCUCUGACGUCACACUUGCAGCAGGAUGACGUCAUCAACCGAGGUACUUUCAUGCCAAGCGACUUUGUGGAAAAAGUGAAAGCACAAGAGAAACGAAUGCAAGAACUUGCAAAGGAAUAACCAAACUGCAGCCGUCAUUCAACAGCUUGAAGGACAGAGUCUGCAACUUCAGAAUGAGGUCGACCUCAGACGCCAAGAGGCCCAGCAGAAGGAGGACUCGAUUGGGCAACUGGAAGCCAGCAUUCGGAGAGUGAAAGAUGACACCCUGCAGCUUUUGGCCAAAGGCAGCGACACAGAAGCAGAAAAGGCCUCCCUUCAGGCAAAAACACAAGCACUGAAGGACCAGGUGGCGGCGGAGAAAGCACUGCGACCUCAGAAACAGGCAACCAAGUCCCAGUUAGACCAACAAGUGGCAGAGUUAGAAGGCAACAGCAAGGAGAUCCGGCAGCAAAUGGCCCGGCUGGACCAGGAACUCGAGCAGCUUGAGCAGAGAAAGGCCACGGCCGAAGGGGAGAAAAGGGCUCAGCUGGGAAGGAACGCCGACUUGAAGGAAGCCAAGGAGGAUGCACUGGCAGCAGAGACCAGGAUCCAGACAGGGAUUGAUCAGCUGACUGGAAGGAUCCGCAGUCUAGAAGCUGAAAACAAAGUGUUGGAAGGACAAAAGAAAAAUAAAGAAGGUGCUCUCGGUGCUCUUCAAGCGUCUCUGGCAUCUCUGAACACUAAUAAAAUAAAAGCAGACAGAAGAUUGUUAGAUAUAUUUCAGAACUACGAAGACAUUUGUUACUAGCCAGCAGUUAGUCUAUGUAUUGUACAGUACAUGUAGGAUCAAGGAUUAUUGUGUGGGUAUACCAGGGGCCACAAUUUGUUCAUGGUGGUUGCAGUGAAGUGCACAGACCCUGAUAUUAAUCAUAUAAGAGGUUCAGUAAAGGAUUAAGGUAGUGGGUAUAAGGACAACACAAGUUCUCUGGGUUGACAGCGAAGUGACUGUGAAGUGCAAAAGCCUCUGAUAUUGAUUAUAUCAUGUGCUCUGUAGGGGAUGAGAGCACUGGGUACCAAGGCAAUGAAAGAUCUCUAUGACCAUUUCUUGUAUAUUUUGCUGUGAUCAUGAUUCUUUUAUAUAGGCUUUGUUAUCCAGAGCAUUGCUGUGUGAUUGAAGAUUAAUAUAUUGGGUUGACCUCUUACUCAGUGCAA